GGUAUGCUGUUAAACAGGUUUAUGAUCUGCCAUUGCUUUUGGGAAAACAGCACUACCUUUUGUGGCCUGACAGUUUGGAACACAAAACUCAGCAUAGAGCAGUUUAGUUUGAAGUAAAAAUUGGGGGCUCCAUGUUUUUGAUAAUCUACAAGAAUAAGUGCAGUUUUUCUUCUGGAAAGCUUUGACAGACUAAGCCAGACCAAGCAGGAGGUAACAGCGUUUGACAGCUUUUUGCUUCGAUGGCAGCCUUGUCAGCUGUGUGGAUUCCCGUGCUGUUUCUGUUGCAGCUGGCCUACUGCUCAGUCAUUUACAGACAUGGUCCAGGAGAUCCAGUGUUGGUGGACGAGCAGUCAGCGAACUCCUUCCUAUCCCGCUCACUGCUCUAUAACAGCUGGGACUUUGAGGUGGUGGUGCGCGACAAUCUGGAGAGGGAAUGUAAGGAAGAGAUGUGCAGCUAUGAGGAGGCCAGAGAGGUGUUUGAGGACGAUGCUCAGACGGCUGCUUUUUGGACCGACUAUGUCAACAGUCAAGAACAUGCACCCAAAGUGGACGUGUCCGGGCUGGUGGCAGGGAUCAUGGCUAUCCUAGUGACUGCUGUUAUCGCCACUGUGCUGGGAAUCUACUGCUACAAGAACAAGAACAAAGGUGGACGCAGGUCAGGCCAAGUCCCAGUGAGGCUGGCAGCAGAUGGGCGUCCAGCCGCAGAAAUGGUGCCCCUGGCAGGGAUCCCAGCCCCAGCCCUACCCAGCUAUAAUGAGGCUCUGAUCCGCAGUGGGCAACACGAUGCCCCCCCACCACCUUAUUCAGGGUCAGAGCCGGCCCGUGGCAUAGGCCGUAUAGGCAAAUGCUAA